AUGUCGUCGUUUUUCACCCUUCCGGCCUCGCAACGCAAACGGAAGCGGGAGGACCAGGGUUCGGCUCCGGUCUCUAAAAAGCGAGGAGUUACGGGCAAAGCCGGCGCUUCAUCAGGCGAACGAAGGCAGCCGCGACAGGAGAGAGACGAAUCUAUAUCAGGGAGUGAUUCUGACGACGAUGCGCCCGUAGAAUCAGAGGAAGAAUCAAUAGAUGAGGACGAUCUUUCUGGUUCCGAAGAGGAGGAAACUGCUGCGGAACGGAGACUGAGAUUGGCGGAAAGAUACUUGGAGAAUAUAAAAGAGGAGGUGGACGAAGCUGGAUUUGAUGCUGCGGAAAUCGACCGGGAUUUAAUCGCCGAGAGGUUAAAAGAGGAUGUUGACGAAUCCAAAGGGCGAACCUACCGUCAAAUCGCCUCCCAAUUAUCGUUUCCGACUGCAACUCACUCCUACUUCCGCGCAGAUACCCAAAGCACAACCUCUGUUGCCGUUCGGGCGCCUUUUGUCUAUACUGUGUCCAAGGAUAAAACGCUGAUUAAAUGGGAAUUGAUGUCACCCAGUGCUCCGGAUGUAGAACGAACAAAUACGAAAAGGCCCCCGCGCCCUGUUCGUAAAAAGCCGAAGAAGAUCCGGUCUAUACGUGGACUACAGCAAGGAGAAGGUGGCGGGGAGUCUCAAGGGCACACUGGACCUAUCCUUGCUGUCGCAGUUUCGCCUUCCGGGAAGUUUGUCGCGACAGGGGGCAUGGAUAAAAAAAUAAUAAUAUGGGAUGCAGAGACAUUGAUUCCUCUCAGAACGUUUACACAACACCGUGACGCCGUAAGUGGGUUAUCCUUUACAGGACGCAUCUCCGCUGCUACGACUGGAGAACAGCUCUUCUCUUCGUCAUUUGACCGCACAAUUAAAACAUGGUCCCUCAGUCCCGGCUCACAUGCUUAUGUUGAGACGCUUUUCGGACACCAGGACCAUGUUAUUUCCGUGGCUUCUAUGGUCACGGACCAGUGUGUAAGCACCGGUGCUCGCGACCGCACUGCCCGAUUGUGGAAAGUAGUUGACGAGACCCAACUCGUUUUUCGUGGCGGCGGUUCCAAAGGCUCCCAAUACGCGGAAAAUUCAAUUGAUUGCGUGGCAGUCAUCCCGCCUGCACACUUUGUCACUGGUUCGGAUGAUGGCUCCAUUUCAUUAUGGUCAAUUCAUAAGAAGAAACCGCUAUUUACUGUCCGCCAGGCGCACGGGCUAGAUCCCAUACCCGACCCAAUAAACUCUUCCGAACAGGAUCCCGCAGCCGCUUCUCGUAGCACCAAGUACAUGAGACCAACUCCACGUUGGAUCACAGCACUCGCAGCAUUACCAGGGACAGACAUCGUUCUCAGCGGAAGCUGGGAUGGGUGGAUUAGAGCAUGGAAGGUUUCUGAAGAUAAAAGGAAGAUAGUCCCCCUUGGCUGUGUUGGGGGAACGGAUCAGAGCACUUCAAUUAUCAGCGAGCAACUCGAAUUCAGUCACGCCCAACAGUCAAACGGCACGGAUGCCACCAGCACGUCGCCGAAUGAGCCAUUACUGAACGGAAUAGUAAACGACAUUGCCGUGUUUGAGCGCCGACCCCAAGACCCGAAUAAAUCAGCCAAUGGUCGGGAGUCCAAAGCGCCAUCCGCUGAUUGUAUCCAGCCAGGAGUAUGCAUCGUUGCAGCAUUGGGCAAAGAGCACCGUCUUGGGCGAUGGAAGGUGUUUAGAUCCAUAGACAGGAAGAAUAUUGGAGGCUCAGAGGCUGGAGGUAGAAACGGAGCGAUGGUUUUUGAAGUGCCGUUUGUGGCAAACACAAACGGGAGUGGGAGCUAA